CCCAGAAGAGGAUAGGGAAGCUAAGGCUACAGAGUUCGAACAGCUCAAGCAAGGGAAUAAAAGUGUGCAAGAGUACUACAUGGAAUUCAUAAGGUUAGCUAAGCAUGCUCCUCACAUGGUUAAGACUGAAAAAGCAAAGAUUUGCAGGUUUGUGGGCAGUUUAGCUUACCACAUUAAGGAUACGACAUCAGCUGCAGCAGUAGGGAUGGAAGCCUUCUCCUCUGUUGUGGGAUUUGCCAAGAACUUAGAGAAAUACAGACAACUAAGGAGAGAAGAAAAAGAGCUUAACAAGAAAGCCCGUACAACGGGCAGGUUUAAUGGUACAUCCAGCGGAGGUGGAAGGGAUUCCUCUAAUAAGGAGUCAUUAGCACCAACUCAGUUCAGUCAUCAGUCAGGUGGUGGGUCUUCCUUCAGACGUACUCAGAGUAAUGGAAAUCAGUCUCGCCAGAAUCAGAAUUUUAUGACAUCAUCCUCACAUAGCCAGAAUCAUGCUGAGCAACAUUCACACCAGCAAAGUCUUUGUAGAACAUGUAAGCGGCAACAUUCAGGUCAGUGCAAGCUCGGGUUUCAUGGUUGCUACCAUUGUGGAGACAUUGGUCAUAUAAAGGCCAACUACCCAAAGUUACAACGUAAUCUCAGUGGUGGACCAACUCGUCCUUCUAGUUCCUCAGCUACUGCAGUUGUACCACCUCAGGCUCAUGGUUCUCAUAAUCAGAUCGGGCAUGGAGUAGGCGGAAGUGCAGACCGAGUUACUCAGGGAGGGGGACAACCCCGUUUGUUUGCUACACUUGAUCGUCAGAGUGCAGAGGCAUCUGCAGAAGUUAUUACAGGAACCGGAUUUGCAGGCGAGCAGGCUACGAGUUAGGACUUCCUUCCCUUCCAGUGAUAUUGGUGAGCUCCGCUUUUGUUCGUGGAGUAUUCUUAGAGUCAUUUUCAUUUAGCUAUUUCUUUGUUUAUUUAGA